AUGGCGACAAAUCUGGGACGUCUAUUCUCAUCGACACUCGUCAAAUCCGAGUUCUUCAACUCAACGAGUCGCCGAGUUAUCUGCACCACGACUCAGCAUAUGCAAAUCCAGCAGCAAGAGAAAAAAGAGACCUCGGUUUCCGAGAUCAACGAGAAGACUCAGAAUCAAAACGAAGAUGAGAAGAAAUUCGAUCCAAAAGACUAUGACGAGGACGACGGUUACAGAAACAAAGUGACCGGUGAAAUCGGCGGCCCCCGUGGACCGGAGCCGACGCGCUACGGUGAUUGGGAAAAGAACGGUCGGUGCUCUGAUUUUUGA